AUGGACUAUCCUCCCGCAUCGCUUGGUGGUGUAGGCUAUGAUGUCAGAUAUAUGAUUUACAGCUAUGUGCUACUCCCUGUUCGACAAACACAGAUAUCCAUUUUGAAACCAUUGGAGACCUCUACUGAUCCUGAUCUAGGGACCAUUGAGGCACUUGUUGUUGACUUCGGCAGCACUAACUGCGCUCUUUUUAGAGUAAAUAAGCAGAUAUCAAAUGAAAGUCUGCAGUAUUUCUAUACCAAAAACACAUUGGGAGAUGUUGAGACUGAUGAUAUUGCGGAAUCCGAGGUGUCUUCUUCUGUGAGUAAUUCUUGGUACUCCUGGCAAGGUCGACUUCCUGCGAGACUCUUUCGCCCUGAGAGACAACCUUCUGGCGUUACGACGCUUUUUAUGAGAGCGGAAGAUCUUUUUUCGCGUUUGGGAAAACAGACUAGUCAAGAUAAAACUGCUGGUAUGGUCAGAUAUUCUGAACUAAAGAUACUUUUGCAACUUGUAGAGAAGUCCGUUCACGACCUCGCUGGUGAUGACGACACAGUAGAUUUGGUGCAUGAUUCUAAUCGCACGAUACCGUCUAAAGCAUUUAAUAUGUUACGGGUUGCCAAAGAACUUAUGGACUCUUUAUUGGGGUCUCAGAGAGGGCGACUCGGUCAGCUUCUCAUCGAUCGUAUUCCAGAGCGGUACAUCCCAGAGAGUUCCAGAAAUACAAGUGUAAAACCAGAACAGCCUCAAACAAAACAGAAGAUCAGAGCCGAGGAGCGUCAAGUAGAUUGGGGUUUAUUCGGGGGCGAAGCUUUCUUGAAUAUAGCCAAGUCACUGGCUAUCAGAGAGGAGCCAGCUGACUGGAAAAGAGCACUUGCAUACUUACUAUUGUGCUGUAAAUGGCGGGUUUCAGAAACCGGUAUCACAGACCCCGAUUUCAGCUUCGAUACUGACGACCAUUUUGAAUUCGAAGUUGAGCUUUUUGACGAGAUGAUGUCACUCUGCUUGAAGUUGGGGUUAAGAGAGAAGGCCUUGGUUGCAGCUGACGCCGUAUCUAAUCUACUUCAGAAACAAAGAAGAUAUUUACAGGUAACGCUUUACCCUGUCGAAAAGAUGGAACCUAUACUUGUCCGAUUAGUAGAUCUCUUGAUGGCAGAGAAAUCCUGGGAUGAAGCUAACCAGGAGGUUCGCUAUGCUCUUCACCGUUACCCCGGAAGUGUAGUGUUACAGAAUACUCUCAUUGACAUUAAAGCUCGCCAAGCGGAAGCUGAGGCAGAAGAAAAGCGUUUGUACCAGUUGGAACUGACAACUAUUCAGCUCGUAAAUUCCUAUAUAUCAGAUGUCUUAUGGGGCAUUGCUAUCAAUGAGGUUAAUUGUGCUCUUGCUCAACACCCUGAAAGCUUAAUUCUGAGCAAUGCACUCAGCGAUAUUGAGGAUUUACGUCUUGCGGCGAAUUCAAAAUCAAAGUGA